UAUGAGUUGUGUCUUGUUGUUGUCUGUCCGUGCAACCACCAGAUUAGUGCAACAGGCGUUGUCUGUUGCCUCUUCGAAGCUGGUUCAUGCACUUUACGUGAUUCCUCACGGUUUCUUCUUGCCAUCUAGUGAGACAGAUGAAAAGCAAAAAAGGAGCUCGAUUUUUGAAUUUAUGUCGUCUGUCUAUUCAACUGCCAGUAACAAGCAUCCGGACUUAAACGUCAGAGUUUCGCUAAAUUUAGCUGAAAAUAUGACGUCAGAGCUGCAGUAUGACCCAGAUGUAAUCAUCACAGAUCCAAACUCUUCAGAAUUAGUGAGGAAAUUGUUUGGAUCAAAAUCUCUGUCGGUUACUCAUUUGGAGGGGAAAAUGGACGAGGGCACAUUCUUUAGUGACAUUAAGUCUUCGUUCGGAGUGUUUAGGAAUGUUGUUCUUGGUGGUACAUUUGAUCGGUUGCACACUGGUCACAAGUAUUUGCUGAGUUCUGCUCUUUUACAUUGCAGUGAACGACUUGUAGUGGGAAUUAGUGAUGGACCGCUUGUUUGUGGAAAGCUGCUGGAGGAGCUUAUUGAACCUUACGAUUUUCGUGCCAAGUCUGUAGUUGAGUUUGCAAAUGAAGUAUGUUCAGGUGUGAAGUGUGAGACUGUGGCAAUAUUUGAGCCUCUAGGACCGACAGCUACUGACGAGAGUUUGGAGUGUCUUGUUGUCAGUCAGGAAACGGCCAGAGGCGGAGAGAAGGUGAAUCAGAUUCGUGAGAAAAAAGGUCUAAAUCCACUUACACUGGAAGUCGUAGAGUUGAUGACAACGCCACAGUCUCAUGAAGCUGGUCAGAAGUUAAGCUCCAGUUUUAUGAGAAGGCAAAGUCUCGGCCACCUUCGCCAACCUACAUCAGAGCACUCUUAUGUAUUGCCUUGGCUUCGAUCAAGAAACAUUGAAUCGAGAUCUGUAGUCAAGACGACAGCAUUCCAGGUGUAUGUAAUUGGUCUAACUGGCGGCAUAGCGAGUGGAAAAUCAUCUAUUGCUAAGAUGAUGUCAGCAGAAGGAGCAGGCAUUAUUGACUGUGACAAGCUUGGCCAUGAUGCAUAUCUUCCUGAAACUGAAGCUUAUACAAAAGUGAUCGAAACAUUUGGAUCAGAUGUGAAGUCUGAUGACGGUCAAAUAAAUAGGAAGGCGCUAGGAGCUAUCGUGUUUAAAGAGAAAGCAAAGCUUCAGCAACUAUGUGAAAUUGUGUGGCCAGAGAUUGCUCGACUAGCAGAACAAAGCAUAGAAAAGUACGCGACUGAAGGUAAGAAAGUAUGUGUUCUUGAUGCUGCUGUUUUACUUGAAGCUGGGUGGGAUCGUUAUGUACAUGAAGUAUGGGUAACCAUCAUACCUCAUGAUGAGACUGUUAGGAGGGUCAUGAGACGAGAUGGGAUCUCGGAGGAGGAAGUUGUACGGCGUUUAGAAUCGCAGAUGAGUAACUUGGAGCGAGUGAAAAAGGCUGAUGUUGUUCUGUCAAGUCUUUGGGAGAGGAACGAGACUCAACAGCAGGUGCUUGUUGCGAUGUCUGAAUUGCAGGAAAGAGUUGCAGCGUUUCAGAGUCAGCAGGCGAGGCUAUGAACUGCAGAAUUGUCACUCUGGCAACUUGUCAGUAACUACACAGUGCUUAUGAAUUCUACUGCCAAGAAUAACUGGUACAAAUUUGGAAUGAUAUACCGCAUCAUGAUGCAACAGUCAUUCUACAAUUACGAUUUUGCGGCCUUCAAAAAUAUGAUGCAACAAUCAUUCUACAAUUCUACGAUUUUGUGGUCUUCAAAAAUAGCAUUGCUCAUUGUAGUACCAAUAAGUUAUGUACACCUAGCACAUCACGCAACAGUUAAUAACA